AUGUGGACGACCAAUUGCGGCCUGACUGGUCGAUCGCUCCGGGUGAGCAUCACCGUCGCUGCCGUCGUGGGUUUCUCGCUCUUCGGCUACAAUCAGGGCAUGAUGGCUGGCCUUCUUAACGGCGACGAGUUUGUGAACUCCUUCCCAAUUCUCGAAAUGCCCGAAAAUGGGACUGAGGCGGAAACAAAAUAUGUCAACGUCAUCCGCGGUGCUGUCACUUCCUGCUAUGAGCUUGGAUGUUUCUUCGGUGCCUUGUUCUCUAUGUUUUUCGGCGACAAAUUCGGCCGCACUCGCCUGAUCUUCAUGGGUGCCAGCAUCCUGAUCAUUGGUGCUGUGCUAACCAGCACCUGCUUUACCGGAAGCUGGGAAGUCGGUCAGUUCGUCAUCGGCCGUGUUGUAUCAGGCAUCGGAAACGGAAUGAACACGGCCACAAUCCCAGUCUGGCAAUCGGAAUGCUCUGGUGCUCACAACCGUGGCUUCCUCGUCUGUUUCGAAGGUGCUAUGAUCGCUGGUGGCACCUUCAUCGCCUAUUGGGUAGUAUUCGGCCUCUCGUACGCGGCAGACAGUGUCCAGUGGCGAUUCCCCGUGGCACUUCAGAUCUUGUUUGCUAUCGUUGUGGCCACCGGUGCCUUGAUGCUCCCUGACUCUCCAUCGUGGUUUGUGUCUAGAGGAUACGACAAGGAGGCCUGUGAAGUGCUCGCUAAGCUCAACGGCACCACUCCUGAUUCAGACAAGGUACUCAGCGAAUUCAAUUUCUUGAAGCAGGACGUGGAAGCCUCGAGGCGCUCACAGGCAGGCUGGAAGACGUUAUUCAAAGCCAACAAGACCAAGGACCUCCAGCGCCUUCUCAUUGGUUGCUCUGGCCAGUUCUUCCAGCAGUUCACCGGCUGUAACGCCGCUAUCUACUAUUCCACCCUGCUUUUCCAGGAAAAUCUGCACAUGGAGAAAACCUUGUCUCUGAUUAUGGGUGGUGUGUUCGCCACUGUCUACGCCAUUGCAACCAUUCCCUCCUUUUUCAUGAUUGAAAGAGUUGGCCGUCGCAACCUAUACUUGAUUGGUUUCCUGGGCCAAGGUCUCAGUUUUGUCAUCACCUUCGCUUGUUUGAUCAAGGAGAGCGAGCAGAACGCCAAGGGCGCUGCCGUUGGUAUCUUCCUCUUCAUCGUUUUCUUCGCAUUCACUCUCUUGCCACUCCCGUGGAUCUACCCCCCGGAGAUCAACCCCCUCCGUACCCGUACUGUUGGCGCGUCGGCGUCGACCUGCACCAACUGGAUCUGCAACUUUGCCGUGGUUAUGUUCACGCCGCUUUUCGCUGGUGAAAGUCCAUGGGGCGUUUACCUCUUCUUCGCACUGUUUAACUUCAUCGGCUUGAUCUUCGGCUUCUUCUUCUAUGUUGAGACAGCUGGUCGUGAUCUUGAAGAGAUCGACAUUAUCUACGCCAAAGCCAAUAACGAAGGAAAGCUGGCGUUCAGGGUCGCUCACGACAUGCCCAAGCUGACCUUCGAGGAGAUCACUCAACAGUCUCACGCGCUGGGCUUGAGCACCAGCGAGCAUGUCGCACAUGAGAAGAGCGAGCUUGGCCUUAGCAGUGACAGUGGCCAAGAGAUUGAGGAGGUCCAGGAGAAGCGCUAG